CUACGCUGCUGGACUCGGUCUGCGCCAGAGUCUGUGCAGCGCAGCGUUCAGCAUGUCGGAAAACCAGCGAACCCUCGUAUAUUUGAUCACCGGAGGCUGCGGUUUCCUCGGCAGGCACCUGCUGAAGGUCUUGCUGGAGAAGGAGGACAGACUGGCGGAGGUCCGGGUGUUUGACAAGCACACAGAGUCGGAUUUAAGUGGAUUCAGCACAGAGUGGACAAAGGUGGUAGUCAUUCAAGGAGACAUCACAGACUACAGCAGCGUGUUGGAGGCCUCCCGUGGGGCUGACGUUGUCAUCCACACGGCCAGCUUGGUGGAUGUUUGGCACAGAAUCCCAGAGACGCUCAUCCAUUCUGUCAACGUCACAGGAACUGAGAAUGUGAUCAAUGCCUGUGUGGAGUGCGGCAUCGAGUGCCUGGUUUACACCAGCAGCAUGGAAGUCAUUGGUCCCAACAUUGAUGGACACCCCUUUAAGAGGGGCAAUGAAGACACACCUUACUGUGUGAAACACACUAUGGCCUAUCCAAAGAGCAAGACAAAGGCAGAGAAAUCUGUGCUUGAAGCAAAUGGAACCAAGGUAAAGGGUGGAAAGACUUUGUUCACGUGCUCACUGAGGCCGACGGGGAUCUACGGCGAAGGGCACCAGCUGAUUAAAGACUUCUACGAAAUGGCCGUUCAAAGAGGAGGCUUGAUUAUCGGGGGCAUCCCAGAUCACAUUGAACACGGGCGAGUUUAUGCAGGCAACGUGGCCUGGAUGCAUGUACUGGCAGCCCAAGCCUUGAGAGAACGACCGCAGACAGUCGGAGGAGAAGCUUUCUUCUGCUACGAUGACUCACCGUACAAAAGCUACGAGGAUUUCAACAUGACACUGCUAUCCAGAUUUAACUUCCGAAAGGUCCGCAUGCCUGCAGUAGUGCUUUGGUUCCUGGCUAUGGUUAAUGACUUGCUCCGCUGGAUAAUGAGCCCUGUAUAUAACUACACACCGCUGCUGAACCGUUACACCCUGGCUGUGGCUAGUACCACCUUCACAGUAAGCACUGACAAAGCCCAGCGUUACUUCCAGUACCGGCCCCUGUAUAACUGGGCUCAGUGUCUAGCACGUACACAGAAGUGGAUCGACUCAUUCCCUGUAAAUGACCCCAAGGACUCUUAAUGUGACUUAAACCUCUGCAAUAUAUACCAGAGGCUGCUGUGUAAGUUGAUGGUGGCCAAUAUUAUGAAGCAAUAUACAAGCCAGCUGUAUGUACUGUGUAACUGAGUAAGUUACAGAGUGGCAAUACCACGAUGCUUUGAGAUGGUGCAGUUGUUUUUAAAGCUAUGACACUUCACACUCUGUGUGAGCUAAAGCCACUCAGUGCCAUCAGAAAUGCUUGUUACUACUACAUUUGUUAUGUACAAUACGCUUUGUAAUUAUAUAAUUUAAUAAUAAGUCUUUAUAAUUUAGUUUUAAGAAGUCUUUGUUAAGAUGAAGCACAUGUAUAUUUUUACACCAGAAACAUCAGCACAAAAAUGAAGACAAAUGUAAACCCCACUUAGAGGCAUUACAUGUAAUAUUUUGUUUGUUAGACUUUUGUAAUAAAUAUUGUUUAAUAUAUUCUA